CUGGGAGUGGCCGCUCUAGGCAGCGGGGAGGUCGCAGGGUGGUGGGGGUUGAGAAACCAGUGCGGCUUCUCCUCUAUGGUCGCGGACUUUGGGGACCGUCGGCUCUGCAGUUGGUCUUAGGUUACUUCCGGAAGUGUACCUGCUAUCUACCAGCUCCUGCGCUUCUGCGGGAAUCCGGGCUGGGGGCGAUGUCCGGGUUGGCCCCAGGAAGCGUGGGAUGACUUGAUGUCUUGCAGUGGUUUCUUUGAAGUUUGCUUGCUGUGGAUUCCAAAUUUUGCUAAGAGAUGGAAGAGCCUCAGCAAGAUGACCCGGCCCCCGGAGACCUGGAAAAGGACGAUCCUCUUCGAAGCACGGGCCCCCAGAUUUCUGUUAGUGAAUUUUCUUGUCACUGCUGUUACGACAUCCUGGUUAACCCCACCACGUUGAACUGUGGACACAGCUUCUGCCGCCACUGCCUAGCCUUGUGGUGGGUGUCUUCUAAGAAAACCGAGUGUCCGGAAUGCAGAGAAAAAUGGGAAGGCUUCCCCAAAGUCAACAUCCUCCUCAGAGAUGCCAUUGAAAAGUUAUUUCCUGAUGCCAUUAGAAUGAGAUCAGAAGACAUUCAGCAGAAUCCCGACAUAACCCAAAGCCUCAGAGCCUUUCAGAAAUACGGGAAUGAUCAGAUUCCUUUAGCUCCCAGCACAGGCCGAGGCCAGCAGCAGAGAGGAGGGGGCUUCUUCUCCGGAGUGCUCACAGCUCUCACUGGCGUGGCAGUGGUCCUGCUUGUAUAUCACUGGAGCAGCAGGGAAUCCGAGCACGACCUCCUGGUCCACAAGGCUGUGGCCAAAUGGACAGCGGAAGAAGUCGUCCUCUGGCUGGAGCAGCUGGGCCCCUGGGCCUCUCUCUACAGGGACAGGUUUCUGUCGGAAAGAGUCAAUGGAAGAUUGCUUUUAACCUUGACAGAGGAGGAAUUUGCCCGGGCGCCGUAUGCCAUAGAGAGCAGCAGCCACCGAAGAGCCAUCCUCCUGGAGUUGGAGCGCGUCAAAGCCCUGGGCGUGAAGCCCCCCCAGAACCUCUGGGAAUAUAAGGCCGUGAACCCGGGCAGGUCCCUGUUCCUGCUCUACGCCCUCAAGAGCUCCCCGAGGCUCGGUCUGCUCUACCUGUACCUGUUCGACUACACAGACAGCUUCCUCCCCUUCAUCCACACCAUCUGCCCCCUGCAAGAAGAUGGCACCAGUGAGGGCAUCAUCACCAAGUUCCUGGAUCUGAGAGACCCCACAUGGAAGCAGUGGAGAGAAUUCCUCGUCAAAUACUCCUUCCUUCCGUACCAGCUGAUCGCGGAGUUCGCCUGGGACUGGCUCGAGGUGCACUACUGGACGUCACGGUUCCUCAUCGUCAACGCCAUGCUCCUCUCGGUUCUGGAACUGUUUUCCUUCUGGAGGAUCUGGUCACGAAGUGAGCUGAAGACAGUCCCCCAGAGGAUGUGGAGCCAUUUUUGGAAAGUGUCCACUCAGGGACUUUUUGUGGCCAUGUUCUGGCCCCUCAUCCCUCAGUUUGUGUGCAACUGUCUGUUCUACUGGGCCCUGUACUUCAACCCGAUUAUUAACAUUGACCUCGUGGUCAAGGAGGUCCGCCGGCUAGAAACCCAAGUACUGUGACCAGCGCUGCCC